AUGGAUUACCAAGGAGACAUUAUUGAUGAGGAUAGCAUGACCCCUAGGGUCUUUGAUCGAACGAAAAAAAGCAUGGGCAUGAAGAACUUCAGCAUGAAGAACUUCAACAUGAAGAACAAUGAGAUGGAGAAUAGCCCAACUAAAAAACAAACAAAUAGAAAAAAGUCGAGAAAUUUUAACAUGGAAGAAGGUGAUAACAGAUCGAUUAGCAAAAUCAAGAGAGUCAAAAAGGACAUUACCAAAACAGGAUACGAUUACACGAAUAUGCAGAAGAUGGAAGGAAUGUACACAAACGAAAUGACAGAUGGGGGAAGGGAGAAAAUAGAUAAUGUAGACAACGCAGACACGAAUGGUCGCUUCACAACCAAUACGAUGGAAAAAAGUGAAUCCUCUUUUAUGAAUAACGGAUGGCAAACACCAAAAAAAAGUAACGUAGGAAUGUACUAUUCCGGUAUUGAUAAUCCAUCAACAUUGAAAAAAUACAAAACACCAUGUGAAAUGGAUAUGAUAAAUCCUGAUGAAAGCUUAAUAGGUAAUAAGUGCAUUACUAUAAAUAAUUAUGUGAACCCUCCAAAAUAUGUAGCCCCUGUUGUAACCCCUAGUAAAUUUCCCUUAUCAGGGGAAAAUAACCCACAAAUGACAUAUGAUGAUUUCCGUUGCCUUUUCAAACACAAAGCGUGCAUUAUAAGUGAGCACGAAUUUAACAGCAAGAAAAAUUCCAAUCAAAUUGACAAUUACGAAAAUAAAUACAUAGAGUGUUUCACGUCCAACUAUGAAAACAACUCGUGGCCAAAUAAGAAGGAGGUAUCUCCGUCUUUGAGAAGAUCCAACACGAAAAUGUUAAACAUUAGUAAGGAAUCCCCCAGGAGUGGGAAGAGGAAGAUGUCAAAUGGGAUGAAGGUGAGCACCAAGAGGAUGCUCAACAUUUUGGACGAGUAUGGUAAGAAUAAGGGCGAUAAGGAAAAUGGAGUUAACAGUGGCACCAGUGCCAACAGCGGUAGAAGCGGAUAUAGCGGUAAAAGUGAUCCUAGUGGUAAGAGCGAGUUUAGUGGUAAGAGCGAGUUUAGUGGUAAGAGCGAGUUUAGUGGCAAGAGCGAGUUUAGUGGUAAGGGAGAGUUUAGUGGACAGAGUCCAAAUAGCACCAACAGCACGAGUACCAAUAGCACCGGCACCAUUAGCUUUGGCAAGAGCUCGCAAAAGAGUAGUAGGGGUCAACACCGCGAAGGGGGAGAAGACGAGAACACCCAAACCAUAUGGAUCGACUACGAAGUCAACCCCGUUAUUAUAAAAGGUAGCAAUAAAACUGAAAGUCACGCUGCAUCUAUGGAUCAAAUGUCUAAACAAAAACAGAACCCAUUGACACCAAUUUAUGAGCCAUAUUCAAAAGAUCUAGACAGCUUGUUUGAUAUAAGUCAGGUACAAACCCCAGCCAUUCUCCUAGGCAUAUACCAAGGUUUGAUAGUGUCCGUAUCCAGAAGACACCAAAUGAAUGUACCCGCCUUUUAUCAACUAGUGAAACAGGAAGUCAUCAGGUUAAGUAACUGCCAUUCCUUUACCAUAGAUGCAUUGAAACAACUUGCAUGGAUAGCACCCAAUUUGAUACAGCUAAAUAAGGUAGUCAUAACGAAGGAAAUUUUUGAAACGAAUCAAGAAGCCUACCCGGAGUUUGUCACAGGAAGGAAAGUAGAAGAUAUACAAAUAAGAGAGCAUACAGAUUUGUGCGAAAAUAUAUAUAAAUAUAGCCAUUCUGAUAAACUGGAAAUGUUAAAGAGGAUUAUCAUUAAUUGGGUUAAUGUGAAGCAUAACGAAUUGUUAAAAGAAAUUAAUCCGGAUUUUUAUUUGCCCAAAUAUUCUGAACUUAAAAAAUGGCAUUCCAAAUUUAAUUUUAAGGAUAUCCUUUUUCCAUGUGUUACUUUGGAGGAAAAUAAAAUUUUAGCUCAAUUAGCACAGACUCCUCAAGAGAGCAAUGCAGAUGAUUUUAUUGUUAUCCAAGAUAGCCCCAUAAAAUGUGCGACCAACGAUUUCAGGAAAAAUGGUACUUUCCUAAAAGAUAUGCAGAAGGAGAAAACGAGGACUCCCUUAGGAAGGAACAGAAGAAAAUCAAACAUGCUUGGUGGUGGGAGUAGUCCAUUCGCUAGUUCCUUCAACCAUAAUAACAGCAUGGGGGAAUCCCCAAGGAAAAAAGAAACAAGUAACAUGAAACAGAUAAGGGAAGAAGCCAACAAGAAAAAUAUCAUAAAAGAAAUUAAAACAAAAUUUGAUAAAGAACACGAAACAGUAUUGAGUGAGAAAAAAAAAUUUGAAGAUGCAACAUGGAUUGCAGAAAUUAUCCACGACACAUUUAUAGUCGAAGGAACACAAACAGUCAUAGAAAUAAAUACCUUCUCUAAAAGAAUUGCAGACAAGUAUAAAACAAAUAAGGGUUUCCAGAUGGAUGAGGGUAAAAUAGCACGUCUAAUAGAAAUGCUCCCACAAUAUGUUUCCGACAUUAGUUUAAAGCCUAGUAUGAUGGAUAGAAAUAAAAUGACUCUAUCAGUCAAAUGUAAGAAAAAUCUCGGUACCUUCCUGGAGCCACUUACCAACAAAAUUAACGACCUUUCUCGGAAAUAUCAAGAAUUGAAAAAGAAUAAAGAAAAGAGAUUAAACGAAUUAUGGAAACAGCACAACGUUGGUUUUGAGCUCACCGAGAAUAUUAAGAAGUUUUUUUUAAGCCCCAGUUCGGUGUGCUUCUCGGAUAUUUAA